AUGGUCGCGGGGGUAAUUAAAACAGAUAAACGUGCAUGGAACCAGUUCAAGUCCGUUUUGCUUUUGCAUCUUUUGUUCACUGUUCAUGUUACAAAAGCCCAAAGCCGGGCGCCUCGGAUAAAAGAGCACCCGGCGGAUACAAUAGUCGGAAGAAGUGAACCUGCUACCUUACGGUGUGUGGCUGAAGGUAAACCGAAGCCAACGAUCCAGUGGUACAAAGACGGGUCACCGCUUGCCCCUACGGACCAUCCACAUAGGGUAUUACUGGAAGAUGGACUUUUAUUUCUUAGGGUUAUGCGUACCAAGAAGGAGAGCGAUGAAGGCGUGUAUUGGUGCGUCGCGCAUAACACAGUCGGCGAGGCCGUUAGCAAGAAUGCUACACUCACCAUUGCUGUACUGAGAGAAGACUUUAGAAAUGAACCAAAGGAUGUUAAAGUAGCUAGUGGUGAACCAGCGCUCCUCGAGUGCUCUUCUCCGAGAGGAAUUCCUGACCCUUCAGUACAUUGGACUAAAGAUGGUCAUAGCUUAGACGUGGAAGUUAAUGGAAGAAUAACGAUUAUAGAUGGCGGUAACCUUAAAAUUUUAGAAAGUCUUCCUUCAGAUAGCGGCGUUUAUAGAUGUCUUGCGUCUAAUGUGGCAGGAGAAAGACAAUCGCGUCCUGCAACUUUACUCGUAUUACGCAGACCGCAUUUUCUCGUGAAACCUAAUAACAUAACGGCACUAAUUGGUCAGAACAUUGAGUUUCACUGCCAAGCAUCUCCCGAAUCAGACGUUUCUGUUACAUGGUCAAGAGAUAAAGGAUUAUUAUCACCAUAUGCAAUUAUACGUCGUGGUUCCUUACGAAUUGAUCGGGUAAUGGCAUCAGAUGGCGGUACUUACACUUGUAGAGCGGAGAGUCAGGCUGGGUUUAGUGUUGCUGCUGCAACGUUGACAGUUCAUUUUUUGCCACAUUUCACACGAGUUCCUUCAGAUCAAACGGCGUGGGAAGGAGAAUCUGUCUCAUUUCCAUGUGAAGCUGAUGGAACACCGAAACCGUUUGUAUUCUGGACAAUGGAAGGGUCUCAGGAAUUGGUUUUUCCUAAUUCAGUUCAUGGUACAGGAUCGCUAUAUUUGGAUCGUGUACUCACACAACACGCCGGGAGAUUGACUUGUGUGGCUAUUAGUGCGGCAGGCAGUGCUUUACACACUGCUACUUUGCAGGUUUUGAGGAGAGAAGCAAAUUCCUUUAAUGGUAACUCCGAAACGUCAUCUCCUCAUCCAGAAUUAAAUAAACCCCAGAAUCAUCCUCCGAUGACACAGUACGAAUUAGUUCAAGCACGUCGAUACCUCCAACAAGAUGUUUUGGCUUUAAGACGUGUUGAAGGAAUAUCAUCAACAACAUUAAAAAUUGUUUGGGAUGUCUUAACUGAUUACAACGAAUAUUUAGAAGGUGUAAAAAUAUGGUUCAACGGAACGUCACUUAAUCGACAAUAUAUUUUAGAUGUACAAAAUUAUGAACAGUCAAAUAACACUUUAGAAAGUUUUAUGGAAUUAACGAAAUACGACAAUUUCACGAUGACCACAGUUCACAAUAGUGGUUCGUCAAGUCAUUUGUUAACAGGGUUGAUGCCAUAUGCACAAUACAAUAUAUUUUUGAUGCCAUUUUACAAAUUGCUACUAGGCAAGCCGUCCAAUAUGAAGAGCGGUUUUACAGAGGAAGACGUCCCAUCCGCGCCACCUAUGAAUGUAUCCGCCGGAGUUAUUAAUGCUACAUCAGCUUGGAUACGUUGGGAUCCUCCACCAGUACACGCAUGGAAUGGUGAACUUUCCGGUUAUUUGAUUGAAGUACGAGUAGGUGGUGGUAACAGUGGUCGGGUGGUAGGACAAAUGUCGCUCGGAGCGCGAACAAGGGCGGCAGCGGCUAGUUCAUUACGAGCAGGUGGUAGAUAUAGUGCCCGAGCGGCUGCCGUUACGCGUCGCGGGCAUGGGCCGUUUAGUACGCCCGCCCACAUACAUAUGUUACCUACGCACUCACAGCGACAUUAUGUGCAAACGGAGCCAGCAACAGAUAAGGCAAUAUUGUCGAUAUUCCAAGAAACGUGGCUACUCGUGUUAAGUUUAUGUUUGUUAACUAUAAUAAUAUUAAGUUCAGUUAUAAUUGUUUACUUACGGCGAAAACAAUCUAAGCAACGGAAAAGCCACAAUAGUGCGGGUACACCAAUAACAAACACUCAGUGUUUACUGGGUAAAGAAGCGGUGUGGCUUCGAGAAAGGCCUUUGUAUGAAGGAUCCAAUGAACCCCGAAUAGAAAUUUUGAACUGCCAUCAAAGUUUAUUGCAUAGCGGACAUACAAUAGGAACAAUGGCUAUGGAAGCUGAAUACAGUCUUCCACAACAUACCAGUGCCAUUAAUAUGAUGUCACACGAAGAUAACAGGCGACAUCCUCCUGAACCAUACGCGUCAAGUGCCAUCUAUACUGAAUUAAAUUAUCAGGAUCAUACAGAUGCAGAAGAUUUAUGUCUAAAAUGCGCCGUGAGUCCAGAGUCAUACGAUAACAGUAUGGUUAGGUCAUUCGCCGAAAGUAACCAAUAUUCAAAUGAAGAAUGUUCAACGUGUUGUCGAAGCAGUAGUUCAACUCUAACGAAAGACUACAGUGAAAUGACGAAAUGUGGUAAUGAUGUAGACGAUAUGCAGGAUAUGUCCAUGGACGAGUGUCCAUCCUGUAAAACUGCUCAGUCACGAUCGUCCAGCCAUCAUGGUGAAAAUAAAGAGUGGACAGCUAUUGCUGAUGUCGAAUAUGAUUAUCCGCAAUGGCAAUGGCUGGCUAGAGAAAAUACAUUCAGGCAAAUGACUCAAGAAUCGAAACAUUCCAGUCAAGGCAGACGAGGCGAACAGAAUUGUAGAAUGAAUUUAUGCGAUAUUCUCCCUCCUCCUCCUUAUGAAAGAGAGUCUCCAUACAGAGAAAUGCACGCAUUCGCUAGUAAUUCUGGCGCAUCCGGUUGCUCAGGUCAUACGUACCGUAGUUAGUGUAGUUUAUAUUCAAAAGAUAUCAUUAGACGGUAAAAAAGCAAUACUAACUUUAAGGAAAAUGUACAUAUACAAUGUAAAAAAAGGUUGUUGAAAUAUUAGAAUAGGGGAUUGUCACACCGCUACGAAAGUUGAGGCUUGCUUAAAAAUAUUAUUUUACUAGUUUUUUCUAGCGGUUCGAAAUACGAAAAUAGUUUCUAGUCUUAUUUAAAUGAUUUAUAAAAUAUAUAUUAAAAUUAUAAAGUUUAAAGCGGUGUCGGAGUUGGCUGUAUAAGGGUUGUAGUAGUAUCGUGAACGUGUUUCUCAUAGACUGCCAUAUAACGUAAUGUAGUCAAUACAUAGGUUUCAUCUUUCUCUAGUGACUGUGAUAUAGUAUAAUUUCGAUCGUUUUUAGUUUUGUACAUAAUUUGAAAUAUUUGAUAUCCUUAUACAAUUUUUAUCGCUAACUUAUUUAUUGUAUGUAGUUUAAUAAAUUCAAAACGGAACUUUAAUAUAAUAUCGUAUAUAAAAAUCACGUUUUUAGAAUUUGUACUGAAUUCGGGUUUGUAGUCUCAUUGAAGAAUUUUAUUUGUAUAUUUUGAUUCAUAAACUGUAUUAAAUUAUUAUUACAUUUCUAA